GUUCACGCUGAACACACCCACAAAUUAACCCUCUCUUGUCCUUCUGAACGUUAGUGAGGUAGCAUCCUGGUAGGUGAACUCUCCUCUAUCAGCGGUCUGCCACUGUGUAGAUAAAGAUCUUCUACCCAGGCUGGAAAUCUAAAGUGGUUAAUUCGGCUGACUCCUCCCAGCGUUUCCAUUUAUCGUAUUAAUAAUCACACCACCUCGGCUUCGCCUUAAAAGUGGGAGGGCUGCUCGAGAGCGCCGGAAAACCGCGAGGAGCUGUCUCCGUUACGCGUGGUGCUGAAAGUGCCACUCGCUGCAUCAUGUGGUCGGUCUUCUUUGUCUUUCUGUCUUACCUAGACAGAAACUUCGUCAAGGGCGACUUCUUGAGCCGCGCUCUGGACGCAGAGAAGGAGAGCAAAGAAAUGUUCUCCAUGCUCAAUGGCACCUUUUGCGCAAAAAUGUCAACCGUCAGAGAGAAUUUCCUCUACCAAGUGUCAGACGGAGCCGAGGUGGUGCGCACAGUCGUCAGCCCCGGCGGGAAGCUCGUGAACUGCUCUGUCAUAGUGAACCAGAUGCAGGCGAAAUCGUUCAUGCACGAGUGCAGGUUGGGGCUGAAAGAGCAGAGAGCCGGGCGGCAACUGGAGACGCAUUUUGCGCGCAUGGAUGAAGCCAAACUGAUGUGCCGGCAGUCUAAAGAGAGGUCGGAGCGCAAAGGCAGGGCGUCAAGGGAUGACACUGAUGACUCUGCGCAACAGAAUAAGGUUUUAAAGAGGUCAAAGAGAGGCUUUACUUAUCCUGGGACCCUUUGGUGUGGAGCUGGAAACAUGGCUGAUCAUUAUGACCAGCUGGGAGAAUUUGCACAGACGGACAGCUGCUGCCGAAUCCAUGACCACUGCCCUCACGUCAUCCACGCCUUCUCCUCGAAAUACGGCCACACCAAUUUCAAGUGGCACUCCAUCUGUCAUUGUGAUUGUGAUAACACAUUGAAAGACUGUUUGAGGAAAGUCAAUGACACGGCUUCCAGGGUAGUCGGUCAGGCAUUCUUCAAUGUCAUCGGCGUGCCUUGCUUUGAUUUUGUCUAUGAAGAACAGUGUGCAGAACGGCACUGGUACGGCAUGUGUAAACGAUAUGAGAAGCUUCCCAUUGCUGUGCUGAGAGAGGCGGUCCCGUAUGACUUUGGUGGUAUUGAAGUCAUCGAUGAGCUGCCGUUGCCUACUUCCAAGAAGACAAAUUCCAAGAAAAGCGAGAAAGAAGACCCACCUGAGAGUACAACACAGUCUACGAUGUCAGGCCCUGAAGAGCCUUCACUCAGAAAUGUUGUCACUGCUGCUGAGGACUUCAUCAAAGUCCUUGCAACUGUCUCCACCUCCCAAAGCUCCACCACAGACUCUGAGAAAGGUGAGACGCAAAGCUCAGAGAAAAAGAAGAGAAAGAACACAGGGAAGAAGAAGAAAACCACCAAAAAGCAGAAAGGAAAAGGAAAGGGGAGGAAGAGGAAGCAGAAAGCAGAGUCAGGUGUUAAAAUAGAGGAAGGAACUGCAGUUUCGACUUCUGGCAGCAAAACAGAAGGAGUCAACGCUCUGAGUAACUUCAUCAGUGACUCACAUAAACACAACCAGUCAGGUAAAAAAACAAACAGAGUCAGUGACAACGAAUAUGAGCUCGUAGGACAAGAAGAGCCCUCCAAUGAAGUCAUGAAAGAUGAACCAGCAGUGGAUAAGGAUACUGUUUCCGUUACGUCACCUCCAACAGUCCAGAAGAAACCAGCAGUAGAAAUCACUCUUUCUACGCCAACAAGCACAGCAACUAAUGUUCCACACAAAGCAAAAACUAGAAGGCUAAGAAAGGGUGGGAGAAAGAAGAGCAAGACAGUUCCUCUUUCUUCUUCUGAAGAGCUUGCAACGAACACAACAGACAUUUCUGUCCCCACCAUCAUUACAAUAACCCCAGCGGCACAGUCAGAGCAACAAAGCUUUGGGAACGGCACUGAAAAGCGACCACUCGUCGGUUCUGCCAAGAUCCCCAUUGUAAGCUCCAAAGUCAAAAGGAAUAGGUCAAAGGAGAGAGGAGGAAGAGAGGAGAGGAAAAAAAGGAGAAAAGACAGCUUGGCUUCUCCCACUGUGGCUACUCCCCAUGAAAAUUCCUCUGUGGACAAUCUGAAAGUGAUCCCUCUCACUGGGGCUCCCACUGUACCAUCGGUGCUCACCACAAAGCAUCGGGUCUCGCACAGGCUGGACAUUUAUGGAGGGAAGACGUUCAUCCAAGCUGCAUCCCUGAACUCCUCUUUCAGUGUUCUGAAAAGGCAAAAGUCACAAAAGAAAGAGCUGAGAGGAAGGCAGAGGAAAACAGGUUUGCCUCUUUCAAGCCAAAAUCCACACAACAGCUCUGGAAAUGCGUUUCCUGUUCAUCAAACUCCACAGAUAAGUGAUGCACCGCACCCUGCAAUCCCUGCUGCAAUCAGAAUCAGGCCCACAGAAAAAACAGAAACUCACAGUGAAUGGAGGCUUUUCACUGCUAUCACAGCGUCCCCUGCUGUCCCUGCAAAGAGACACAGGCAGACAAUCAGACAGCAGAGAAAACCAAGAAAGAAAGCUGUACCUAUUGCUCUCAGCAAUGCAGUUUCUACCCUUAAACGAACUGAACAAACACCAAUGACAUUUACAACUGCGCCAUUCAAAGUCACCACUACUGAAGAGUUCAAUCUACAGAGGUCUGAAAAGACCUCCAUGACCACCUCAACACCUCCGGUCAUGAGUCCAAUUCAGUUAUCAAUUGAGAGAGCUAAAGCACAGUUCAGCUGGAAAAAGGGGAGGAAGACGGCAUCGACUCUUAGACAGCAAUGAGCCAUGUGGUGCAAGCAUAGCAGGAUAGGCUGAAAAUAAAAGGAAACUUAGCUGGCUAGGCUAGCUGCUGUCAAGCACAUAAAAUAAGUUAAGUACAACACUGAAAGUAUUCUCAGCAUAAUCUUUUCUGUUUCAGCAUUUAAAUCACAGAAAUGGAAAGAAGACAUAUUUGAUUGUAAGGCAAGAAUCAUGUUUUGUAACAUUGUAUUCUGCAUGUUCUAAAAUAAAAUUUCUGAAUGAUUAUGAAUGUAUCUGACAGUGCCUCUGUUCAUAUUUAGUGGUAAAAUAAACAAGAAAAUCUUUUAUUUGGAAAGAAUACUUGGACGUUUUGGGAAAUGUGCUAUUUGUUUUUAUUCAUGAGCUACAUGAGACUGUUGA